AUGAGCGAUGCAAAAAUUAUCCCAAUUCCUGGCCCGAGACCUCUUCCGCUUUUAGGAAACAUUCUAGACUUUGACCUAGACAACCUAACGCAGUCACUUGAUCGGCUGAGCAAAGCACAUGGCCCGAUAUACGCCCUUACUUUCGGAUCCUCAACAGAGAUCAUGGUGACAAGCAGGAGGAUUGCAGAAGAGCUGUGCGAUGAAACACGAUUUUGCAAGUUGGUGGCAGGCGGCCUGGAAAAGAUGAAGCCGGUGGUUGGAGACGGACUCUUUACCGCCCAAAGCGACGAUCCCAAAUGGGCAAUAGCACAUCGCAUCCUUAUGCCACUUUUUGGCACCAUGAAGAUCCGGGAGAUGUUCAAUGACAUGAAAGACAUAUGCGAGCAGAUGUGUUUGAAAUGGGCGCGUCUUGGGGAAUCCUUUCCUUUGGACGUGUGCAAAAACUUCACGACCUUGACCUUGGAUACGAUCAGUCUCUGUACCAUCGAUUACCGCUUCAACAGUUUUUAUCGGGACGGAAAGGAGGAUCCGUUCGUAGAAGCAGUCAUAGCUGUCAUGACCGAUGCUUUUACGCAGUCCAAUCUGCCCGAUUUUGUCAACAACUGGUUCCGACAUAAGGCCAUGGCUGAUUUCCAUGACCAUGCGCAGAAUCUGCGUCGACGAACGGAAGAGAUCAUUCAAGAACGCCGCAGAUCCCCCGUGGAAAGGAAUGAUCUUUUGAACGCAAUGCUCACUGCAGUCGACCCCAAAACGGGAGAGCGGUUGAGCGACCAGUCGGUAGUGGAUAAUCUCUUGACAUUCCUCAUUGCAGGACAUGAGACCACUUCAAGUCUACUUUCAUUCUGCUUCUAUUAUCUGCUUGAGAACCCCGAUGUUCUUCAAAAGGCUCGUGACGAGGUUGACCAAGUGAUUGGGGACGGCCCCAUGAUGGUUGAGCACCUCCAAAAACUUCCAUACAUUGAAUCGAUCUUGCGAGAGACUCUUCGGCUGCGAGAUCCGGGGCCAGGUUUUUAUCUUAAGCCUCUGAAGGAUGACAUCUUAGAUGGAAAGUAUUAUGUGAAGAAGGAUCAACCCAUAUUCAUCGUCUUUGAUUCAGUGCACCGGGACCCCGAGACCUACGGCUCUGAUGCGAACAAUUUCAGACCCAGUCGAAUGUCACAGGAAAACUUCGAGAAGCUUCCACCCUGUGCAUGGAAGCCGUUCGGAAACGGAGUGCGUAGCUGCAUUGGAAGGCCCUUUGCAUGGCAGCAAUCUCUUCUUGCUGUGGCGAUGAUUCUGCAGAAUUUUGAUUUGAUUAAGGAUGAGACCUAUAAGCUUAAGUACCAUGUAACCAUGACAGUUCGACCUGUCGGCUUCCACAUGAAGGUGCGUCUUCGACGUCAGAGGCGAGCGACCGACUUUGCCCAGAAACUUCACGCUCCUGUAGCCUCGCAGGUACCACUGAUCAACCACCAUCAGUCAAUCCGUCCGAAUACUGUUGAAGGAUCACGGAUAACCAUAUUACACGGUUCUAAUGCUGGAAGCUGUGAGGCCCUGGCACUUCGCCUGGCAGCUGAUGCCGGAGAAUAUGGAUUCACUAGAAGCAAGAUUGAACCACUGGGAUCGGCCGUCGGCAAGCUACCAACAGAUAAUCCGGUCAUCAUUAUCACGGCUUCUUACAACGGCGAGCCAGCAGAUGAAGCGUCUGACUUUGUAGCUUGGUUGAAAACUGCAGGACGUGACGAAUUAAGUGGCGUUUCAUUUUCCGUUUUCGGCUGCGGUCAUCGUGACUGGGCAAGCACGUACUUCGCAGUGCCUAAGUUGCUUGAUGCUGAGAUGGAGCGAGCAGGGGGGAGAAGGAUCGCCCCUCUAGGUACAGCAGAUUCCGCAACGAGCGAUCUGUUUACAGAUCUUGAAAAAUGGUCCGUCACACAUCUGUUCCCGGAGUUAGGAAGCACCGAGCACAUACGAAGAGAUGCGGAGGGUGUCAAGGUGUCGUCAAGUUGUCAAGUCAUGCUCAGCGAUCCACCACGGGUCACUCUACGGAAGGGAUUUGUUCCGACGAGUAUCACAGAGUCCCGGUGCCUCUCACAACCUGGAGUUCCCGAAAAGCGACAUCUGGAACUUCGUCUCCCAGACGGGUUUACUUACCAACCGGGUGAUCAUCUUUAUGUCCUUCCCCGUAACAGCCCUCAAAAUGUUCAGCGUGUCCUGUCAAGAUUCCAUCUUGAGGGUGAUAUGCUCCUCACUUUGACUAGAUCCCAAUCUCUGGGACUCCCUGUCAAUACCCCAAUCUCAGCCUCGGACCUGUUCGGCGCCUACGUUGAGCUCCGGCAGAUUGCCAGUCCAAAAGGCAUCCUUGCCUUGGCCGAUUCCACCCCUGAUAGUUGCACUCAAACAAUACUGAGAGACUUGGCCGGUGAUCUCUUCAAAGUCGAGAUACAAGAUAAAUAUGUUUCUGUCUUGGAUCUUCUGGAACGUUUCCCGACGAUUAAUCCUUCCAUUGGGCUCUUUCUAUCUCUUCUCACACCUAUGCGGCCACGGGCCUAUUCCUUCUCGUCCUCUCCAAACGAAAAGCCAGGAUAUGGAACGCUAACCUAUACUGUCGUGGGAUCCGUUGUACAUGAUGGGGAAGCUAGCGCAGUACAGGGAAUCGCAUCGAAUCACUUAGCCACUUUACGCCAUCAUGCGACCCUCUACAUAGCGCUACACCCUUGUACAGCAGAAUUUCGUCUCCCUUCUGAUAAUUCUAGACCCUUGGUCAUGGUAGCCGCUGGGACAGGCUUAGCUCCCUUCAGAGGAUUCAUCCAGGAGCGCAGGUUCCGACAAUUGGCCGGCAAGAAGGUUGGUCCUGCGCUGCUCUUCUAUGGAUGUCGCGGAAGAGAUCUAGAUGAUAUGUACCGAGACGAGAUGGAUGGGUAUGAAAAGGAGGGUGUGGUCAGUAUCCAUCGAGCGUAUAGUCGUGUAAAGGGUGCAGAUUUCAGGUACAUCGACUCUGCGAUAGCGAGAUUUCUCGAUCACGUGGUAUCACUAUGGGCCAGUGGCGGCGUUGUUAGGGUCUGUGGAGGGAAGAAGAUGUCGAACUCGGUCUUCGAAGUGCUAGGUCCUGCGUUGCUGGAACGGGAUAGGCUCGAUGGCAAGACUGACGUAACGGAUGUGGCAGAGUGGAAGCGCAACCUUCCGCGCGGGAGAUAUGUUGAGGAGAUAUUUCUGUAG